CUGACCAGGCUUGACAAUGUUUUUACAUCGGUCUCUUACUCCUAUUUAUGUGAUUCUCAUCAUCGAUGCAGUUUCAGGCGUUAAUCAGCCGUUACAGGCCUUUCUCCAGGCACAACAGAAGGGCUGCUAUCUUCAGCGAUCAAUGGACCUAGAAUUUUGCCUCUCCCCAUCCGCCGUCGAGUAUAUUCUCGAUAACAUGGGCUCACCGAACAGCGGGGUUGGGGACAGAAGCAAAGCUGUGACGUACACCAUGGCCAUGACCAUGGAGUCCGAGUCGCAGCCCGAGAUGGAUGAAGACUUCCAUGAUGAAGACAGAGAGGAUGUUGUCAUGGAGACGGACCGGCCACCGUACUACCAGAAGCAAUUUCCUCCUGCGCGGCACCCUGGGGCGCCGUCUUUUAAAGAGGUCAAGUCAACGAGUGAGGGAGACCAGACUUCUGUUGAGUCUGGCACAGCUUGUCUGGCAAACCCAAAGAAAGGAGGAAAUACAGUGUAUCGCUGUCGGGCAGGCGCCUGGACCGUUUUACACCUCAUGGACGAGAAGGAGACGAGAGGGAAAAGGGACACCCAACCCACCGCGCUACAUAGACGAAAGCGCUGGGGCUGGGGCGGUGGCUGGGGCUGGGGCGGGGGCUGGGGUUGGGGUUGGUGGAGCCCUUGCAGAUGGCACUGCUCUGGCUGGUGGUGGAGAAGAUGCCGCUGGUGCUGUUUCAGUUGUGGAAGACCAAACAGAAGACCAACAAUCACUUGCCCGGUUAUUCCCGACUACACGUUGGCUAAAGGCAGGACUGAUAUUUUCGUGUCGUGGAGUCCUGCAACAGCUCAUGAUCCAGAAGACGGCACAAUUGGUACAUCCCAGACUGGUGGACCUUACCCAAACUCUUGGGUUGGAGAAGGCACGCACACGGUGACAUACCAAGCCACUGACAGAAAAGGUUCAUCCAGUCACUGCAGCGAAGUAUUUCGAGUCAUUGUAAAGAAGUGCUCAACUUACAUGACCCAUGGGCUCUCCAAUGGACAAGUAUCCUGCUCAAACAAUAAUGUCCUUGGGAGUAUCUGCACCUACUCUUGUAACUCUGGUUAUCAGCUUACUGGACCAUCUAGUUCUGAAUGUCAGGACAAUCAGCACUGGUCAGACCAGACUAGACCUGAGUGCAAAGAAAUUGUCUGUCCGUCACCGCCAUCAGUUGAUCAUGGAAAGUUUGAGCCUUGUGAUAAAACAUCUACAGGGUCCAAAUGCCCUUUGAGCUGUGACUCUGGCUAUGUUGUAGAAGGUAAUGCAGAUGUGGAGUGUAAGUCUGACAAGACGUGGACUUCUCCUGGCAGAUGUAAAGAUGUUGACCCUCCAGAUUUUACUUGCCCGGCUGUCAUCUCUUUGUACUCUGAGCCAAAGAAACAGCCAAAGCAGGUCACCUGGACAGUACCUGUGGCCUCUGACAACUCUAGGGAGACUGUCGUGGUCAGCAGUGAUCAUCAGUCGGGGGAUGAGUUUCCCGUGGGCGACACUAUCGUGACAUUUUCCUCCACUGAUUCCUCUGGCAACGUGUAUACUUGCACCACACCUGUAACUGUUAAGGUGAAGUACUGUGAUGUCCUACCGGCACCUGACUUUGGCAGUGUGAGCUGCUCCCACGGUUCGGCCGUAGGUUCCGACUGCUCCAUUUCCUGCUCUCAGGGGUUCCAGUUGUCAGGGGUGGCACAGCGCACCUGUCUGGACUCCAGGACAUGGAGUGAUGCUCAACCAUUUUGCAAAAGAGGCCGUUGUGGUCAAACUCCAAGUGUUGACAGAGGUAAUUUCGAUUGCCCGAAUGGAGAUGAAUACGAGGACAUAUGCACCCUUAGGUGUGACUCUGGAUAUCAGGCCAAUAAACCGGUGUCCGUCUCUUGCCAAGUCACUUUACAGUGGACACAGCCUGGGAACUGCACAGAUGUUGAGCCACCCUCUUUUACCAGUGGUUGCCCAGGAAUAAUGAGAUAUGCUGAAGCUCUGAACACAGACACCUACGUGCACUAUACUUUGCCACAAGCUGCAGACAACUCAAAUGAAGCAGUGGUAGUUGUAGGAGAUCCUGCCCCAGGCUCUCGCUUUGAUAUCGGACUCACAAAUGUCUCUGUCACAACAAAAGACACCUCAGGAAACGUUGGAACAUGCACAUUUGCUGUUACUGUUAAUCAAAUCCUCUGCCCAGAUCCUUUAAAUGAAGACAUUGAUGACAGCCAAGCUGGCCUUAUGGAGUUUUCCUGCCCCAAUGGUCAUGUGUAUGGGGCCUCUUGUGACCUCAGCUGUUCUGACGGAAACCCUAUACAAGGAGGCUUCGACAUUACUUGUCAGCGCCGCGCAAAUAAUACGGGCUAUUGGUUUUAUGGAAAUGUGAAACCGUUUUGUAAAGAGAAAGAGUGUGCGGCCAUACAAACUCCUACAUAUGGUUCGGUAUCUUGUGACGUUAUAGUUGACAGGCAGGUAUGCACCUUACAGUGUCGGAAAGGCUAUGCAUACCCAGUUGUGGCGGGGCAGGAUCAAGGAUACUUUGUCUGUGACAAUAAAGAUGGAGAAUGGAAUCCAAGAGUGAUCAAGACAGAAGUUUGUCAACGUGGACGUCCUGCGAAUAACACAAAGCUAAUGUCUGACAUAUAUUACUACUCAAACUCUUGCUCUCCGAACAACACACAAAUCAAGGAGAACUUUAUCUCAAUUAUUAAUGAUUCAACAGUUCUUCAAGGUCUGUGCGGAAAUUAUAAUGUAACUUGUGAAAUUGAUAAUGUUGAAAUAACAUGUGGGAAAAGAAGUAAGAGAUCUGCUGAUUAUGAGGUACUCAGGCAAAGAAGAUCAGCUACCAAGACAAAGACUCUCGUGAGGAAAAAAAGAAACACAGACACAUAUACUCAAGUCACAAAGGCUAUUUUCACUGUGGACAUAUCCCAUCCUGACCCUGACAUAACCCGUGAUGAGAUUGAUCAACUUAUCGAAGAAAUGAAUCAACUGUUUGACGAUGGAACAUUUAAUGGAAAGUACGCCAUGCCCCAUGUGGGAGAGACAGAUGACUUUUCUUAUGGCGGGGGUGUCCCUAACUACCAGUGCCCAGCUCCAACUUAUUAUCAGCCAUUUUCGGAUGACUUUUUGUGUGUUGGUUGUGGCAAGGGCUGGGUAUAUUCCCCCCAUCAGACGUCCUGCAGUAAAUGCCCUGUUGGUACCUACCAGCCAGAACUGGAGGGAGAUGAGUGCCUUCCCUGCUUAAACAACUCUACAACACGAAGAGAUGGGAGCACUUCUGAAGAUCAAUGUCUCGCUAUCUGUCCUGCAGGAGCAACCUCCCCCACGGGUUAUCUCCCUUGUGACCCUUGCCCACUCGGCCAGUACCAGCCAGAGACUAUGAAGGCAGCAUGCCUACCUUGCCCUUUUGGAAUGUUCACUGACUCAAGGGGAGCCACUCAACUUUCUGACUGCAAAUUUAACGACAUUGUCAUGAACCAAGACACAGAAGGUCCAAUAAUAAAGGACGUGGAUGUGACAGACCCCUUUUCCAUCUCUUUUUUUUUGAAAAUACCAUCAAAUCUGGUUAACACAUCUACUUCUUUCUCUUUCACGGCAAAUCCUGAUGCAGCAUUUAUCGGCUGUGAAAAUCUGAAAUUGUAUUUGAUCUCUGAACCUCAUGGCCAGUUGAGGAGUAGAAGACAGUGGCAUCAUAUUGGAAUGAGACGAGUGGUUCCUUUUUUGUUAGAAACCUCUCUGUACGUUGAUGGUGUGUUCAUGGAGACUGGGUAUAGCUCAUCUUCUUCUCCGUGCACCUCAAUAGGGUUUACUCCAGGGAAGGACCUAGACUAUGUUGUGGUCAGUGAAAUUCAGGGAGUAAAAGAGGCUUUGACAGGUACACAAGUCGCCUCUUUAGCCAGCUCAUGUGGUCAAUUACUGGCAAACAACUUUCUCACUGAGAACAAUGUAGUAUCUGAACUUUCAACACUCAGCACUUGUGAUGCUGUGGACGACUGUGCCAACAACAACUUUUGUGGAGAUUAUGGGAUUUGCAUUGAUCAGGACAAUGGCUAUCGUUGUGUUUGUGAUGACCUGUGGUCAGGAGAACAUUGUGAGUUUGCUCCUGAUUUUUGUGAGGAACACAACUGUGCAAAUGGAGCACAGUGUGUGAACCACUUCGACUUAAGAAACUACACAUGUACCUGUGUCGGAGAAUUUAGGGGACGCCUUUGUGCAGAAGCAAUCGUCCAUGGUAACUACAGUCAGUGGACAUUGUUUGAGGAAUGCUCUGAGACUUGUGACGGUGGCACCCGCAAACGCUACCGUCAGUGUGACUCUCCUGCCCCAGGGCCAGAUGGGAACCCGUGUCAAGGACCAGAUGAGGAGACGGAAGUCUGCAACAUACACAACUGUCCCAUUCAUGGCAAUGUAAGCAACUGGUCAUCAUGGGUCUGUCCUGCCACUUGUGGGAAUGCCACAGCUGUCCGGAGUAGGACAUGUGACAAUCCUGUUCCCCAGUAUGGUGGCAGAAAUUGCACUGUUUCACUGGUUGAAUUCAAGACCUGUGACGGACUGUCGCCUUGCCCUGCUUGUCCCAGGCUGCGGAGACGCUUCACUCAUGAGUCGGUGGAGUGCAUCACGAACACCACAACUAACAUGGAGAUCUGCUGGGUGAAUUGCAAAACAGGCUACACCACAAGGUUUCAGAACUACACCUGCGGCAUCCUCAGCAACUACACAUGGUCUGCCUCACUCCCUGAGUGCACAAAGGCUGAGCCGGCAACAACUAAGGUUAUGACUCUGUCUGCCCGCAUGGACGACAUCUCAGAUCCUCAGGCAGUGAGUGACGGUGUUCAGAACAAUGUUCAGAACACUGUCAGCUGUGGCAACUCUUGCAACCUGAAUGUCUCCUACAGCACUGUGACUUCUGGGGGGAUAGGCAAGAGGUCUGCAGGUGCUGUGACCUUCUCUAUAGUGUUGAAUGUUACGUCUCCUUCAAGUGGCAUAGACAUGGAAAAUGCAACAGAUGCAGAGAUUGAGAAUGAGCAGGAGUCUGUCUACCAAUUUGAGGAUGCAGCGCAGGCACUUGUGAACAAUUCAGAGCAACUGUUCACAGUGACUGUGGGUGGACAAACAUACAAGGGAGAUAAAGAUACACUGGCCUUAGCAGUGGACUUUGGCUGUCCAUCUGGAACUGUGCAGGAGGAAGGCCUUUGUGCUGAAUGUGCUGCUGGAACUUAUGCUGUUGAUGAUGAAUGUGAGUUCUGUGACAUCGGCUAUUACCAGAAUGAGACUAGACAGACGGAGUGCAUACCUUGUCCUUCUGGAAAAUCCACUGCGGACGUAGGUUCUCAGUCCUUUGAUGACUGUGUGAAUAGUACGUCUUUAGGCUCUGCAGAAAGUGGUGGAUCAUCCUCCAGUACACCAGGACCUAGUGGCUCAUCUUCUGGUGGUGCUGAAGGUAAGGAAGGCCCCAAGAAAGGUGCAGGAAUUCCACUCAUAGUCGGUGGUGUGAUUGGUGGUGUGGUUGCAGUUGUGGUAUUGGGCAUCCUACUGACGCUCAUCAUUCUAAAGAAAAACACAGUGGAAGCCACCCCAAAACACAGCUCUGGUUCUGAAGCUGGUGAAGAGACAGGCUGGCCUUCCGUUUUUACAAAGGAGACUGUGAUCCAUCCGCCUCCUCUGGGGCAGUCGAAACAGUUCCCUGAAUCUGAUAUUCGCCCAGCCACUCCUCAGACUCGCCCGGUCAGUGCAGCUUCAGCAAGCAACGUCUUGUUCAACUUGUAACAAGCUAUUUUCCUCUGUGCAUUAUACAUCUUGUGACAUUACACUAUCUAAGAAUUACAAAGUUCUAUCUGCUCAGUAGGCCUACCUAGUUUUGAGAAAUUUGAUGACAAAGAUUUUGAGUUU